AUGUCUAUGUCCACACCUAUGCCCACGCCCACUUCCCUCGACACCAAAAAAAUGCCACCAAAGGAGAAAAAGAAUAAGGAUGACAGACCUUAUAAAUGUACAUUUUGUGAUAAGGCUUUCCAUAGAUUAGAACAUCAAACUAGACAUAUUAGAACCCACACGGGAGAAAAGCCUCAUGCUUGUACAUUUCCAGGUUGUGUUAAACGAUUCAGUAGAUCCGAUGAAUUAACUAGACAUUUAAGAAUUCAUACCAAUCCAAGUUCAAGGAAACGGAAAAAUAAGAAUCAAAAUAUGAUGAUUAAUCCCAAUGCUACUACAGCUACAACUACAGGACCUGCGGGUAUGGCCAUUCCAACCAGUAAUUUACCUCCUGGUUCUUAUGCUAUACCUAAUACAGCUAUUCCAUUUUCUAUAGAUCGUAAUGGAAAUCAUGUAUAUCAUCAACCUUAUCCAGUAUAUUUUGUGCCUCAUGCUAAUGGUUAUAUGCAACCAAUGGUACAAACUCAAGGAGUUACAGUUGUUCCUAAUACUGAUCAGCAACAGCAACAAUAUUACCAACAACAACAACAACAAUACCAAUUUCAAGAACGUCCACAACAUCAACAACAGCAACAAACAAAUAUUGGAACCAAUAAUCAUUUGCAACAAAAUGGAUCGGCAGUAUUUUCAUUACCUUCAUCACCAACUAUGGCAUCGGCUCAAACACCAAAUUCAGGUACAAGUUCAUCAUCUGAAAGUAUUAAAUUAGCUCCAUUGUCAAUACCAAACAACAUAUCUCGUUCACAACAACAACAACAACAGCAGCAACAACAACAAAUUCCUAAAUCGGAAUCUUCAACUAGCCUAUAUUCCGAUGGUAAUAAAUUAUUCAGUAGACCAAAUUCAACAUUACAUUCAUUGGGUUCAUCUCCAGAAAACAAUAAUGCCCUGGGUCCAUUAAGUGGAGUUCCAACUCCAUCAUUUUCUAAUUUGAAUGAUUAUUUCCAACAAAAAAGUAACAGUAAUAAUUCUCGAUUAUUUAAUGCUAGUUCAUCAUCAUUGAGUUCAUUGAGUGGAAAAAUAAGAUCUUCUUCAUCGACUAAUUUAGCUGGUUUACAAAGAUUAACUCCAUUAACUAGUACUACAAACAAUACAAACAACACAACAACAUCUAAUACUACUAAUAAUAAUAUGACAAAACCAAGUAUAAUACCAAAACAACCAUCUUCUACAUCAUUAAAUUUAGAAUUUUAUAAUGGCAACAAUCAACAACAACAGAAUUAUCACACUCAUAAGAAAUCUCGACCAAAUUCACCAUCACAAACCCCAAUUCAUUUAUCAAGUUCACGUAAAAGCGCUAAUAAUCUGUUUAUAAUAUCACCUAAUGAAACCCCAUUACAAACUCCAUUACAAUCACCACAAUUAAAACCAUAUCAAGAUCAACCACCAACUAAUGUCAAUAUCAAUGUUAGUGCACCAUCAGAUACAUUUAUUGGAACUGCUGUUACUGAAAAAUUAAAUAAUAUUAGUAGUAUUGCUGGUAAUGGAACACAAUUACCACCAAUUAGAUCAGUAUUAAGUUUUACUUCAUUGGUUGAUUAUCCUGAUCCUAAACAAAAAAAUGUUGCUCCACCAGUAGUAGAUACUACUAAUGUUGCUAGAGGUGAAACUAAUGGAAGUAAUGGUAAUAAUUCAAAUGCUAAACCAAUGAGUUUAACCAAUUUAUUAAGUUAA